AUUUGCUUGAUGUUGAAAGAUGUUGAAAGUGUGAUGAACAGCGUGGUAUCCCUGCUUUUGAUCCUGGAACCAGACAAGCAAGAAGCUUUGAUUGAAAGCCUGUGUGAAAAGCUGGUCAAGUUUCGGGAAGGGGAACGCCCGUCUCUGAGACUGCAGCUGCUAAGCAACCUUUUCCAUGGAAUGGAUAAGAAUACUCCUGUAAGGUACACGGUGUAUUGCAGCCUCAUUAAAGUGGCAGCCUCUUGUGGGGCCAUCCAGUACAUUCCAACUGAGCUGGAUCAGGUUAGAAAAUGGAUUUCUGACUGGAAUCUCACCACUGAGAAGAAGCACACCCUUUUAAGGCUUCUUUAUGAGGCACUCGUGGACUGUAAGAAAAGUGAUGCUGCUUCAAAAGUCAUGGUGGAAUUACUUGGAAGUUACACAGAGGACAAUGCUUCCCAGGCUCGAGUUGAUGCCCACAGGUGUAUUGUACGAGCACUGAAAGACCCAAAUGCAUUUCUUUUUGACCAUCUUCUUACUUUGAAACCAGUGAAGUUUUUGGAAGGCGAGCUUAUUCAUGAUCUUUUAACCAUUUUUGUCAGUGCUAAAUUGGCAUCAUAUGUCAAGUUCUAUCAGAAUAAUAAAGACUUCAUUGAUUCACUUGGGCUAUUACACGAAUAGAAUAUGGCAAAAAUGAGACUACUUACUUUUAUGGGAAUGGCAGUAGAAAACAAGGAAAUUUCUUUUGAUACAAUGCAGCAAGAACUCCAGAUUGGAGCUGAUGAUGUUGAAGCAUUUGUUAUUGAUGCGGUAAGAACUAAAAUGGUCUACUGCAAAAUUGAUCAGACUCAGAGAAAAGUAGUUGUCAGUCAUAGCACACAUCGGACAUUCGGAAAACAGCAGUGGCAACAACUGUAUGAUACACUCAAUGCCUGGAAACAAAACUUGAACAAAGUGAAAAACAGCCUUUUGAGUCUUUCUGAUACCUGAUUUUUUUAUGCAUAUAAUUUUGUUCUGUUGGGAGAAAACAAAACCUAAAUCAUAGUAAAACAUUAUAAACUAAA